AAACUGUUUUGUUGCAGAGUUUCUGGGCUUUAGGUAUUUGUUAUAACUUGAUUUUUUAAUAUGUCCGGUCGUGGAAAACAGGGAGGUAAGGCUCGCGCUAAAGCUAAGUCGCGUUCGUCCCGUGCAGGCCUUCAGUUCCCGGUGGGACGAGUGCACCGCCUGCUGCGCAAAGGCAACUAUGCCGAGCGGGUGGGGGCAGGCGCGCCGGUGUAUAUGGCGGCGGUUCUCGAGUACCUGACGGCGGAGAUCCUAGAGCUGGCGGGGAACGCGGCCCGCGACAACAAGAAGACACGUAUCAUUCCUCGUCACCUCCAGUUGGCCAUCCGCAACGACGAAGAGCUGAACAAGCUUUUGGGCAAAGUCACCAUCGCCCAGGGCGGUGUUUUGCCGAACAUCCAGGCCGUGCUGUUACCAAAGAAAACGGAAAGCCACAAAGCCAAAAGCAAAUAAAUCCUAACUAAGUAAACCAAAGAUCAAAGGCUCUUUUUAGAGCCACCCAAGUUUUCAAAGAAAGAGCUAAUGCGCUAUUUCGUGAUCAGCCCUUCAGUUGAUACUUUAGUGGCUCUUAAAAGAGCCUUUGGGGAGAGUGGGGAUGGUGUCAAGCCUCUUAAUUACUUGUUCUUGCCAGGCUUGUGGCUCUCCGUUUUCUUAGGCAACAAGACAGCCUGGAUAUUGGGUAAGACGCCGCCCUGGGCAAUGGUGACACCCCCAAGUAACUUGUUGAGCUCUUCGUCAUUUCUCACAGCUAGUUGCAAAUGGCGAGGGAUGAUGC